ACGCUCCGCGUUUGAGUCUCCUCGGCGCCCGUAGCCGUGAACUUUACCCGCUGGCGCCAGGGUCUAGCACGCAUGCGUUUUCCGUUCGCAUGGUGUGGGUUCUUAGUCUAGCUGCAGCGGCAGGAGCUGUGGUGGUCUUCCUAGUCCUGCGACUAUGGGUAGUGCUUCAUUCCCGGGGCGUUACGCCCCGAGAGUCUCUCAGUCUCGUAGUAGUGGCUGGAUCCGGUGGACAUACCACUGAGAUCCUGAGGCUGCUUGAGAGCUUGUCCAGUGCUUACUCACCUAGACAUUAUAUCCUUGCUGACACUGAUGAAAUGAGUGCCAAAAAAAUAAAUUCUUUUGAACUUGAUCGAGCUAAUAGAGACUCUAGUACCAUGCGUACCAGGUACUACCUGCACCGAAUUCCCAGAAGCCGUGAGGUUCAGCAGUCCUGGCUCUCCACGGUGAUCAGCACUUUGCAUUCCAUGUGGGUGUCCUUCCCCCUGAUCUACCGAGUGAAGCCUGAUCUGGUGCUGUGUAACGGACCGGGAACAUGUGUUCCUAUCUGCAUAUCCGCCCUGCUCCUCGGGAUUCUAGGGAUAAAGAAAGUGAUCAUUGUCUACGUGGAAAGCAUCUGCCGGGUGGAAACCUUAUCCCUGUCGGGAAAGAUUCUGCUUCACCUCUCAGAUUACCUCGUUGUGCAGUGGCCGACUCUGAAGGAGAAGUACCCCAAGUCUGUGUACCUCGGGCGAAUCGUUUGACAAAGGGCAAAGUACUAGGUCUGCAGAGUCUUGCCGUGGACCAUGGUAUUUAAGUGGGGGUGGGGUGGGAACCCACAUAUUUACUGUGAAGGCUUCUGAAAGUCCCGGCAGUUACUGAUGGUCAGGAGACUGAAAACAAAAUGUGCAGAUAACUCAGUGACGACACUGAGACUGCUCAUAAAACAAACAUGAUACGCUGUAGACAUGAAAUAUUUAUGCCUCUUUUUACCAGAUUUCUUCUCUAGAAAAAAAAUAUCACUGACUACAAGUUAUCUUCUGUUUACAGAGUGGUUUUUUUCUUAACCUAAAUAUAGAGUUUGUAUGAUUAGUAACAUUUCCUGCUCCAUAGCUUUUUUUUUCCCCAAGUAUCUGCUUUAUAAAAAGGAAAGAAAGGUAUUUCUUCGUUUUUGUUUGGAUACAACAACAGGCUUUAUUUCCUGUAUGGAAGCGGUGAUGUCCCCAGUGAACCCUUGCGGCGUAAAGGAAGCAGUCAUAUUAAAUUGGCUUCAUGACAACUUGCAUUCUGCAGGCUUCCAGAACCCGAGCCUAAACCAGUGUCUCUUUUUGUUGUUGUUGUUGUUCAGUCUUGUUUUACGAGUGAUUGGCCUCAAUCCAAAAUAUCUUUUAAAAUCUCUUGUUCAAGUGUUAAAAUAAAUUAAAAGGUGAUAAUAAAAGCAUGAUUCUAUGUGUGAGGAAUCCAAACUCUCAAAACAUUGAAAGCACAUUCUAGUGAAUUCGCACUGUCCCGACUGUAGUUGCAAAGGAGCUACCUGGGCCAGACACUGCACCGGGUGCUCCGCUUUGUUGCAGCAGAUGUGGCCUCAGUGAGAGCACAGUCUCAAGCAUGAGCACCUCCAUAAUCUUCGGGAUCCUGAACGUGAGUCCCUUGUUAAAGACAAAAUUAAGGAAUUCAAGUGAAUGACCAUCUCUGCCAUUGGGAGAUGGUUAGGAUGCCAGUGUAUGCCAGGGGCCUCCACACAGUGGAGUAUAGAAAACUUUGCAUGGAUUCCAAAAAAAUUUUUUUUAAGAUUUUUUUAUUCACAUAUUUGAGGCAGAGUUACAGAGAGAGGGAGAGACAGAGAGAGAGGUCUUCCAUCUGCUGGUUCACAAACUAAAUGGCCUUAACUGCUGGAGCUAGGCGGAUCCAAAGCCAGAAUCCAGGAGCUUCUUCUGGGUCUCCUAUGUGGGUGCAGGGUCCAAGCACUUGGGCCAUCUUCCACUGCUUUCCCAAUCUGUAACCAGAGAGGCGGAUUGGAAGAGGAACAGCUGGGACACGAACCAGCACCCAUUGGGUGCCAGUGCCACAGGCGGAGGCUCAGCCUACUAUGCCACAGUGCUGGUCCCUGAAAAGUUUUUUUGAAGCAAAGUUAACAUCUUUUUAAAGAUCAUUGGUUUUUUUUGUUUGUUUGUUUUUGUUCCAAUUUUUAUUUAUUUAUAUUUAUUUGAAGGGCAGAGAGGCAGAUCUUCCUUCUGCUGGUUCACUGCCCAAAUGGCCACGCAAGUGCAAGGGCCCAAGCAUUUGGGCCAUCUUCUAGUGCUUUCCUAGGCGCAUUACCAGGGAGCUGGAUUGAAAGUGGAGCAGCCAGGAAUUUAACCAGUGCUUAUAUGGGAUGCCAGUGCCUCAGACCAUAGCUUAACCUGCUAUACCACAGUGCUGGCCCCUAAAGUGCUAUUUACAGCUAUACCAAACAUUCACCCCUAAACUUACUUAACUUUGUUUCUCUGAAAACCUAUUUAAAAAUGUAUAUUUAUUUUAUUUAUUUGAAAAGCAGAAAAAGAGACAGAUAGGGAGAUUUCUUCCAUCCCACGGGUUCACUUCCCAAAUACCUGCAAUAGCUAAGGCUGGAGCCCAGAACUCAAUCCAGGCCUCCCACACAGGUGACAGGAACACAAAUACUAGAGCUGUCGUCUGCUGCUUCCCAGAGUGCACAUCAGCAGGAAGCUGGAAUAGGAAGCAGAGCUGAGACCGGAGCCCAGGCUGACACAGGCUGUGGCCGUCGCAGGCAGCAUCCCCACCACUGCAAUAAACACCUGCCCCAUUUCCACAAACUUUCUGAAGUAUCCUAAUGCACUUACUACACAUGGUGGAUAUGGUGCUUACUGUAUGCCAGGUGUUCUGCUAAACACUUUUGAAGUAUUAUCUCUCUUUUUUUUAAUAUUUAUUUAUUUAUUUGAAAGUCAGAGUUAUAUGGAGAAAGAGAGGCAGAGAGAGAGAAAGGUCUUCCAUCCGUUGGUUCACUCCCCAAUUGGCUGCAACAGCCAGAGCUGCACCAAUCCAAAGCCAGGAGCCAGGAAUUUCUUCCCACUCUCCCACGCUGGUACAGGGACCCAAGCACUUGGGCCAUCUUCUGCUGCUUUCCCAGGCCAUAGCAGAGAGCUGGAUCGGAAGUGGAACAGUCCGGACUCAAACCAGCACUGCAGGCGGCGGCCCUAGCCGCUGUGCCGCAGCACCAGUCCCGUAUUAUCUCUUUUAAUCCUCUUUUAAGACCUUGAUGGGAUAGGGACUAUUGCAAUGCUCAUCCUACAGAUGACUUGGUUAUUAAGUGGCUCAGCCAGGAUUCAAGCCGGGCUUGAGAGUAGGGCUUGUUUCAUGGGUAUAUGGCCUGUGCACUUACAUAGGGGUCCAAGGUUAAUAUUGUCACUCCUUUGAAUUUCUUAAUAACUAAUUUUAUCAAGGGACUCACAUUUUAGACCCCCCCUCCCAAGAUUAUGGAGCUGGUCCUGCAUGAGACCCUGUGUUACUGGGGCCACAUCUACCACAACAGAAGUAGAAUACCUGGUGCAGUGCCUGAUCCAAGUAGCUCCUCUACAGUCAGAAAAUUCUUUCCCUUCCCCCCAAGCUCUGCUCCUUUAACAAAGCAAAAGGUGAGAAGUCCUCCUGUAGUAUUUCAGUUUAUGUUUUUCCUCCUAAACCUUUUGUUUGCAAAGUAUGACAUAAAUCUAAUAAAGGAAUGGUACAUGAUUAAUGGAAGAGAUUGAAUUUGACUGAAAAGAAGCAUGAUCACCCAAGAUGAUGUGAUUAGAGUGCUGAGGGGCAAGGGUUGAAGGCGCCACUCGAGACACCCAAGUUGGACUAGCUGGGUUUCAUACACACUCCAGCUUUCUGCUAAUGCAGACAGUGGUGAUGGUUCAAGUAACUGGCUUCCUGCCACCCGGGUAGGAGACCUGGAUUGAGCUCCCAGCUCUUGGCCUCAGUAUGGCCUACCCCCACCAUUGCAGUCAUUUGGGGCUCGCUCUUCCUGCCUUUCAAAUAAAUAAUUUUUUUUUCAAAAACGCUGAGGCUCAUCUAGCCUUUCCUGUUCUUUGAGGAAACCUUUCCUUGAACCAGGUAUGUAGACACAUCUAUCACUGGGACAUUUUCCUGGGUUUUGGCUGGAGAUACAGGUGGCAGACAAAGUCUCCUAAUAGUGAGAGUGCUAUGCUGUCUGGAUUCAGCGGCCAUGGGGCAGUCAAGUGGGAGUUCAUCGUGCUUUGAUUGCAAUCCUCAAAUCUCAGGCACUGGCUGUGUUCCCACUGACCUGCGGGCCUCGAGCAUCAGACGGCCUAUUUGACCGGUCCCACCAGGGCCUGAGAUGAAAUGAACUCCACUUUCUGGAGUGAACAUGAUUUCCUCAGGGACAGCAGCAUCCACGUUUUAUUCCUGUUUAACCUCUCUCCGCUCUGUGUUUUGUUCCCAGGUAGCACCAGGUAAGCGGUUGUGAGGGAGAGUGCACUGCGUUCAGUUCAGUUGGUGCCGCCCUGUGCCGCAGAGCAGCUCGCCCAGGCCCCACAGGCAAUCCCGCCGCAGGAGCUGCUGUUGGGCCCGAGCGCGCAACACUCAGACGGGGAGGAGGCCUAGAAAAGAUGCCAUAAUUUUUUCCAGAAACAUACGUCCCAGAUGUUUUGCAGAGCCUGACUUAGACAGUGGUUAGCCUGGAAUGUCAGAGAAAGAAUCUGUAUGUGCUACAACACUCAGAGCUUAGAAGUCUCAUCGCUCGGUGCAGGCUCCCGUCCACACGUUCUAAGCCAGGCCAGGGGCAUGUUGUGGCCUGGUAAGUGAGCACAUACUCUGCUCUGUGUUAUUGUUAUGGCUGAUUCAAGCCUCCAGGGUCACUCUAAGUCGAGGGGGCUAGUUCGAGGUUGUUGAAGUCCAGGGCCAGCCUCCUUGCUGUGCUCCUCUGUGACAUCCAGAAAGAUAGUGCGCCUGUCUCAACCCAAACUGCAGAAGAGCAGUAGCUCACUUGUCCUUUUCAAUUUCCUUUAAAACACUCUGGAAUACAAUUUUUACCGUAAGAGACCAUUCAUGAAAAAUUAACUGAUUCAGCCUUCGCAUGAGAGGCAGGGAAACUGCACCUGCUUCCCGGGAAGGUUUUCAUCGACGGUUCAGCUGUGCUCGAAGCUCUCAGCAGCUGCCACGUCAGAAGACCCAUCUGCUUCCGACAGGACUCCCUAAAGUCACGACAGGAAGCUUCCGCCUGGAUCGAGGGGUGCUAUGAAAUCAUGUCCGCAGAAGCAGUGUUGUACAGUUUUAAAUUAAACAGCAAGAGGUCCUCACUGGGAAGGCGAUAACCCACACUUCCCCCUUAGGAAAGCAUCUUGGAGCACGUUGUUUAUUUGAGCCUCCCAAGAUACAGGGUAGGUUAAAAUUAGGAAACUUACCCCCUUCCUGUGCAGGUCCUUGCGCUGGAUCACUGGUUUAUAUUUUCUGCAAAGCCUUGUCCCCCACUGGAGUCUGAUAGCCAGGUAUCCAGGUAUUAAGCACUUUGGGUCAGUGCUAAGAACACUGUCACAAGUAUUAGCAGGCUGUCCGCUGUGCAGUUCAGCUCUGACACUAAGAGCACACACCAAGAGCAGACACGCAAAUCUUGUCUGCCUCAAGCUCUUUCCGUUAGGGAUCAUGCCUCCAGUGCUAUAAAAUUAAAUCAUCUACAAUUGUAUUCUGGUUGCCAACUCCUUGUAAACACAGCUCCUCCUUUCCCUCUGGAGUAGUAAACUGAUGCUGGUCCUAGUAGCCUGUCAUAUCUCUCAAGCAACAAACUUUGGAACCAUUCUUCAGUUUUCAUUCUCUUCCCUUAUCCCCAGAUAAUUAUUUGCACACACAUGCAUGCGUGUGUGUGUGUAUGUGUGUUUGUAUGUGUUCAUUUAUUUUAAUCUACUUACAAGACAGAGUGACAGAGAGAAAGCUCUUCCAUCUGUUGAUUCACUUCCCAAAUGUUGAAGCCAGGAGCCCAAAACUCUAUCCGGUCACCCACAUGCGUGGCAGGGGCUCAAGCACUUGAGCCAUCUGCUGCCUCCCAGGAUGCAUUAGCAGAACACUGGAUCAGAAGCAGAGUAGGCAGGACUCAAACCAGGAACUCCGAUAUGGGAUGUGGGCAUUUCAGUGAGCAGCUUAACCCCCUGUGCCACCACACCUGCCCCAUGCCUUUUGUUUUUUAAUGUCCCCAUAAUUUUCCCUUGUCUUUUCUCCCUCUUCUCUCACGCAGUUAUUUGUACUAUCUUUUCUCCUUGUUGUCUGAAUUCACCUGUUGAUUCUGGCUUUGACCUGCCCUCUGUUUCGCAGUCCCAUGGGCACAACCUAAGCCAGCUCUCCAUGUAAGGUCCUUGUCUGGUGAUAACAUUGUAUGGAGGAGUUGGAGCACAGCAAAGUAACUGUUUAGCAAUCAUAUAACUAGAAAGCGGCAGCUGGAAUUUGAACCCAGGCACUGGAGCUCAGGCUACACUUACCUUAACAGCUGUGUUAGGUUUUUAAAAAGUGCUGCCAAGGAAGUGAACAGGGAGCUGUGAUGGAGCGGAUGGUGCUGCAUGCUCUGCAUAGGGAUGCCAGGAAAUGUCUCUCUAAGAAAAGUGCGUGAGAGCCCGGUGUGAAGGAUAGUGCCCUAAACAUUUUCCCCCUCCUUCUGCCUCUCCCGCCAAGCCCUCUUGGUCUCCCACAGCCUAGCUUGAGCAGCUUUCUUCAGUGAGCCCCUGGACAGAAGCUUAGCACUGAGCUACACUCUAUCACAUUGCAGAGCCUGAUUCCUAGAAACACCUGUGCGAAGGGGACGACGCAUGCUUCUGCUAAUCAUUUCUUGUCUGCCUUACCUCGGGGACUCUACCUCAUGCAAGUUUUGGAUCCUUGUUCCACUCCUGGUAAUUCUUACAUCACGGUCUGGACAAGAUACAGGCAUAACUGAAUACAUAAAUCCUUAGAGCUUCAGACUGUCUAGGCCUGCUUUGGUGCUGUUAUCAUGUGGUUCUCACAUUUUUUGGUCUUGGGACCUCGUUAGUCUCUAGAACUGUUGAAGACCCCAGUGAGCAUUUGUUUAUGUGAGUUAUAUUUGUUUUUUUUUAUCCCAGUAUUAAAAAUUGGAGAAAAUUUUAAACAGAAUGUACAGGACAUAUUCCAUUAGCCCCAGAGUAAUGCUCCCAUUCACACGUUCUAUAGGAUCUGGGAAACUAUAAUCAUGAGAAUGAGAGGGGAAAGCAAGCCACACCUUAAUACUACGUGGAAAAUAAUUUUGACCUCAUGGACCUCUCCCUGUCUUGAGGGCCCCAGGGACCCCUGGGCCACAUUUUGAGAGCUGCUGUGCUGCACAAUGUCACACCAAUGAUUUUAGCUCCUCUAAAAGCCUGUAGUCAGUGAUCUCUGUAUUCCUUUGAUUGCUGUCUGACAAACUUACUGGCUUAAAAUAGCACAUCAUCUCCCAGUUCUGUGAGUCUGAGAUCCAGACGGGCUCAGGACGGCACAAGGCUGAAAUCCAGGUGACAACCAGGGCUGACUUCUGAUCCAAAACUCUGGAUCCUCUCUCAGUACAGGCUCAAUCAGGGGCACGUGGCAGAGUUCAUUUCCCUGCAGCUGUGGGACUCAUGGGAACCUGGCUCCUAAAGACCAGUUGGUAAUGUUUAUUGCAGCUCAAUUCACAAUAGCUAAGACCUGGAAUCAACCUAAAUGCCCAUCAACAGUAGACUGGAUAAAGAAAUUAUGGGACAUGUACUCCAUAGAAUACUAUACAGCAGUAAAAAAAAAAAUGAAAUCCGGUCAUUUGCAACAAAAUGGAGGAAUCUGGCAAACAUCAUGCUGAGUGAAUUAAGUGAGUCCCAAAGGGACAAAUAUCAUAUGUUCUCCCUGAUCGGUGACAACUAACCGAGCACCAAAAAGAAAACCUGUUGAAGUGAAAUGGACACUAAGAAACAGUGACUUGAUCAGCCCUUGUCCUGACUAUUGAGGAACAACUUAAUGCUUUAUCCCUUUUAGUAUUUUUUUUUGUUCUAGUUAAUACUAUUGGUUGAACUCUGUAAUUAACACACAAUUAUUCUUAGGUGUUGAAAUUUAACUGAAAAGUGAUCUCUGUUAAAUAUAAGAGUGGGAAUAAGAGAGGGAGGAGAUGUACAAGUUGGGACAUGCUCGAUCGGACUUGUCCCAAAUGGUAGAGUUAGAAACGUGCCAGGGGAUUCCAAUACAAUCCCAUCAAGGUGGCAUGCACCAAUGCCAUCUCAUUAGUCCAUGUGAUAAUUUUCAGUUCACAAUUGAUCAUAAUGAUAGGAAUAAGAGUCAAAUGGAUCACAUAAACAAGACUAGUGCCUGCUAAUACUAAGUGAAAGAAUUAAAAAGGAGAGAACGAUCCAACAUGGGAAGUGAGAUACACAGCAGACUCAUAGAAUGGCAGAUGUCCUAAACAGCACUCUGGCCUCAGAAUCAGCCCUGAAGGCAUUCGGAUCCGGCUAAAAAGCCCAUGAGAGUAUUUCAGGCAUGGAAAGCCAAGAGACUCUGGCAAAAAAAAAAAAAAAAAAAAAAAAAAAAAAAACUAAAUGAAA